AUGAGCGAUGACUUGUUUUCAAAGGCUUUAGAAAACCCGGACCAGGACCUGAACCUGAGACUUCCCAGGGAUGACGUUGAUUUGGGUCUCUUGGGGGAUGGUGUGCGUGAGAGUGAGGACGAUGAGGCAGUGGCAGACGCGGCAAAGGCGGAUGGCGCUUCCUCUGGUUCUUCUGAUUGCGAUUCUGAUUCUGAUUCUUCGGACAGUGAGGAUGAUUCUGAUGGCCAAAAGGCAGAAGACGAGGACGCGAUCGAAAAUGAGGAUGAAGACGAAGAUCUCUCGCCUUCGGGCCCCAUAAUAUCCAAAAACGAAGUACUGGAGGAAGCCGUUCCGGAAUUGCCAGAGGACUAUGAAAUUUCCGAAAAGACGAUCAUCACUCCUGUUGGUGUCUUGAAGUCUGCGUUCGAAAACAACAUAAUUAUUCAUGCGACGUUGUCGGGUGAAAAACGUGUUUUGAAAGAGGGUUCUAUCUUCUGCCUUGAGGACAGAACUCUGAUCGGGAUGCUGGCGGAAGUUUUUGGGCCUUUGCAAAACCCGUUUUACAGAGUCAAACUUGCAGACUCGAAAAAGGCCUUGUUCAACGAACUGAAAGCGCGCUUGGGUGAAAAAGCGUGCAUAGUCACCCCUGAUGCCCACUGGAUAGACACUUUUGAAUUGAGGCGCAUCAAAGGUACUGAUGCGUCUAAUGGGUACGACGAAGAAUUACCUGAAGAGGAACAAGAAUUUUCCGAUGACGAAAAAGAAGCUCUUUUCAAGAAAAUGAAAAAACAGCAACAGCAGCAGCAGAGAAAAAAAAGAGAUAAUCGUAAGCAGCCCAAUGAUUCUGAUAAUGUCAAAUCGAAGAAACCUCGUCAACCAAAGCCCGCAAAUUUGCCCAAGUUGGUGCCUCCAGUGGGCAUGAGCAGCAAUGCUUCGCUGCAACGCGGGUACAAGUCAAGAAAUGCUCGUGAAAAUACCAAGCGAGAGACUGGCACCGUUUUUGACCAAAAUCGCUCGCUGCAGAUUCCGAUGGGGCAACAGCAGCAACCACAAUUUCCUGCAAAUAACUACCCAUAUCAAUUGCAACCAAACAAUAUGCCCUAUCCCGCAUAUCCGCCCUUCCCUCAACCAUCCAACUUCCAGUAUCCUCUUCCACCGUUUGGCCAGGUGCCCCCGGCCCAAUUCUCUAACGGAAUGCCAUAUAUGAACGUGCCACCUGCAUACAAUAAUAUGGCACUGCCUACUCAACCUCCGUUUAUGCCAGUCCCACAGGGCCAGGCGCCGCUUCCAUAUGGUGCACCCCCCAUGGGGCAGAUGCAAAAUCCAAUGUGCAUGCAAUCGUCACCUCAAAUGCCUCCCCAAGAGAACGGUAAUUUCCAACAAGUAAUGAAAUUACACCAAAUACUUUUGCAACAGCAACAGCAACAGCAACAGCAACAGCAUCAGCAUCAGCAUCAACAAGGGCCAAGAAACUAG